GUACCUUGGUGCCUUGAACUUGUGUGAUAACAAAUAAGCAAUAUUCUCAAAAGUAUUUAUUUCUACGGCAAUGGGCCCGACAGAUGGCUGUACACCGGCAGUCUGCUCUGGACAUUCGUGGCCCUGGAGAGCUAUUGGUACCUGAGAACAGCUAGGGGUCCCCAGUGUACUUACGUAGUGGGCUUUAACACGGGUGACGCGCCGGCGCUUGUGGAGAGCAGUCCUCAUCUCAGGGUCGCAACCUUCAAGUCAACAAAGGCGAAACAAAUUCCUCCGAAACCCCCCAGCGCCGUCUCGACACUUCCUGCAGCUCAUGCCACCGGAGCCAUAUACCCAGCUGCGCGCUCAGACGUGACGGGCCUGCCACCAUGUCUGCGCCCAGCAGACACGCAGCCUACGCCGCGGGUGACAAGACAGCGUCACGAAUGCCCCGCGUCAACACCCGCGACAGCACCACGCGGUCCUCGUUCGAGUCCAGGUCACAAAAGGCAGGGACGGAAUCGCCAGGGUCUGGGCCCGACCGCCCGCCACACAAGAGGACCUUGUCGGGCAAUCCGCGGGUCAACAGCAUGCGGUCCAACGACGAGAGAGAGCGGCGCACAGAGAAGCACACCGUCACGACCCGCGAAACCUUGACCUCCAGGACGAGGAGCCCUGACCGGAGGCAUGUGCCGUCCAUGUCGACCGGUAAGGCCAGGGCAGAUUCGAGGAGGGCUGCCGACACCCCGUCAAAGGACACGAGGCAAGAGCCGCCUCCGCAAGCCCCUUGGGAGCCGGAGGCGACUCUUGUACCGCUCACCUCUGCGCCCUUGGCCUCUCGAAUAUCAAUACCGCCGCUAGCAUUGCAUGCGCCUGCUUCAGUGCAGCCGAAGCCGCUGUCGGAGCUCUCGUUAGAAGCGCAGGAGGCUGCCAUACUGGAGGAUCUCCUGUUCGUCUUCAUGGGCUACGAGGGGCAGUACAUCCGUUUUGCGAAAGGCUAUGACCCUACCGAGGAGAGAGAUCGGCUCGCUGGCCCGACGCACCGCAUCCUGUCAGGCCUGGACCCGAGCUUACAGGACCUGACCAUGUCCAUGUUGAAGAUGGCAACAUAUUACACUGCCUUGGAGACAUUUAUCGACGUGCAGAGCCGAGAAGAAUUCGGGUCCGUGAACCAUGCGCUGUGCGCAUCGAUCCGGAAAUUCUUGCAGGACUACCUGGUCCUCAUUGCGCAGUUGGAGACGCAAUUCCUCACAAACGACGCAUUUACAUUGCACGUUCUCAACAUCCACAUCCUGCCGACCAGCCAUAUGAUGUUCCAACUUUAUUCCCUCGCACAUGAGCUCUUGAAGAGGAAUGCGCUCUUGGACGAGGAAACGGACGAGUCUGGCGAUAGUGCCGAUGAUUUCGACCAGAUUCUGGAGCAGCUGAGAGACGGGGGAGACCUCAUGCCAGGCAACAUGACGGGCAAGAAAAUAUGCAAAGGAGGCGUGGUGUUAGGUCUCAUCACCAAGAGAUUAAAGACUAUGUCUGGAGACCCUGCCGCCAGGGCGCUUCUGACAAAUCUGCUUAGGGACUCUAGCAAGCCUUACAUGGUCAUGCUGAAUGAAUGGCUGCACCACGGCAGUAUCAACGAUCCGCAUGGCGAAUUCCUGAUCAAGGAGCAGAAGAGCCUGCGACGGGAGAGGCUGGAACAAGACUACACUGACGAGUACUGGGAGAGGCGUUACACCAUCAGGGAUAAGGAGAUCCCGCCGCAGCUGGAAGCCGUCAAAGAGAAGGUGCUCCUCGCUGGGAAGUACCUCAAUGUCGUCCGGGAAUGCGGAGGCGUGGAUGUCAGCAGCGACGUCAGGGACAAGCCAAAAUCCUUUGAUGACAACCGGUUCCUGGAGAACGUCAACAAUGCAUACUCGCACGCGAACGAGUCGUUGAUGCAGCUGCUACUGACGACGCACGCCCUGCCGGAUCGACUGCGAUCUUUGAAGCACUACUUCUUCCUCGACCCAUCGGAUUACUUCACCUACUUCUUGGAACUCGGAGCAUCGGAAUUGCGGAAACCAAUGCAAGUUGUCAACAUCGCCAAGCUGCAAUCCCUGCUGGACUUGGUCCUGCGGCAACCAGGCAGCAUCGUGGCAUUGGAUCCCUUCAAGGAGGACGUCAAAGUACAGAUGAACGAGAUCACGCUGAUCAAGUCCCUCCAACGGGUCGUUAACAUCACAGGCAUAGAAGAAGGCGGUGCGCUGCAGCCUCUGAAGGACCAACCACUUGAGAAUGACAAGAGAGCUAAUGGCUUCACAUCUCUCCAAUUGGACUACGCUGUACCGUUCCCAGUGUCUCUGGUCAUCAGCCGGAAGACAAUAUGGCGGUACCAGGCCUUGUUCCGUUAUCUGCUGUCCCUACGACAUCUGGAAUCGCAAUUAUCAACGGCAUGGCAAGUGCAGACCCGGGGUUUUAUAUGGUGCCGCAGAAGCUCAAGCAAGGAAAUCGAGCUCUGGAAGAAGCAUGUCUCGACGCUCAGGGCACGGAUGCUGGUGUUUGUCCAGCAACUACUAUACUUCUGUACCGCGGAGGUGAUUGAGCCAAAUUGGCAGUCUCUCAUGUCACGGCUCAAGGCAAAGGAUAACGACGCAUCCAAAGGCUAUACCCGGACGGUUGAUGAGCUGAUGCAGGACCACGUGGACUUUUUGGACACCUGCUUGAAGGAGUGCAUGUUGACAAACAGCAAGCUCCUUAGGGUCCACUCCAAGCUCAUGAACAACUGCACCUUGUUCACCGGCAGCAUCGAUUGGCUGACAAAGAACCUCGAGAGGGCAGACCCAGACCUGCAAGGGCCGACAAAACCAAGGAACAUGACAGACGAUCAAUGGAAGCACGUAGUGGCGAGCCGAGAAAAGUGGCAGCUGGCGCAUGGCGAGUCGACUAAGAGCCCCGAGGCCCUGCUGUCCGUCCUGGCGGAAACGUUGAAAGUGUGGGAAUUCAACUUCAGCAGGCACCUCAAGAUUCUCCUCGACGCGCUGAACCACUAUGCAGCGACGGAGACGGUGGUUCUGCUCAGCCUCUGUGCGAGGCUGAGCGCUGCAAACCAAGGCACGGAGCAUGUCGGGUUCAGGAACGAGGAUGAGUCGACGCUUUGAGCCUUUCAAGAAAAAACAAAGAUACCAAUGUGUUGAUGUAAUUGCAAGUUCAAUGGCGUUAGCUGGAGUCGUGACAACAUGCUCAUACCAGGCACGGACGGUCAACGAGCGUUGAUGGAAAAGGGCACAGGAACGGGAAACGGGCGGCGUCUACUAAGUUGGGUCGAUUCUGUAGAUAUUUCCAGAGAUACCUCGUACGUACAGGCUUGCAACCAUUCA